AUGACGCACUGUGGUAUCACGGACACCAACAAGGCCUUCGAAGAGCAUGAGGAUGAAGAGCACCAUGAAUCAGUUGAGAUGAUCAUGAUUGCUGAUGAAGCAGACACGAUGGAUGCAUCUUCAAAGCUCGAGUUUGAUGACUUUCUCGAUGGUCUCUCCGGUACAGAGUAUGCGCUUCUUAACGAAGUAUUCGAAGACUUUGAUGAAAAGGUGGAGGAUGAGAACUUGGUCGAGAAACUUGUUGCGCAACAUCAAGAGAUGGAUGAAUUUCACCAAGUGUUGGACGAGUCAUUGGUCCACCUUCGGGGUUUCACAGAUGAGUUGCUGUCGAAGGGUCUUCUGACGAAAGAGGAGCUAGAAAGCCUGCAAAUGCACGAUCUUGUUGAACAUGCCAACAAGGCUGAUGAAGAGUCAUUCGAAGCGGCGUUGCGAGAAUACCAGGAGCAGAAUGGAUUAGACUCUAGCGCGACUAACCAAAGCGAGUUGCUGGAUACCGGUAGCAAUUGCAAACCACUAUCUUGCGAGCAGAAAGCGAGUCCCCAAUCAUCUACUAGUAUUGGGGAGCAGAGUUCCAUUGUCUCGGAAGAUUCGAAGGAGCUCGCGUCGGGUAAUGGCUCCGAUGGCCUGUUGAAAGAAGACGAAGAAAGUCAACCUGCAAGUGACCAAGAAUUCGAUGAAUGGAUUGGUGCCUUCAUGAAGCAGUUUGGGGAAGCAUUUGAGAACGGCUACCCUACAGAUUCAGAUUCUGAUCCGUUAACAUCUGAUUAUCUGGUGAAUGUAGCCUUAUCGGACGUACUACCAGACAUCGAUUGGCUUCUCGAAGAAAACACCGAGCUUAUAAAGGAUCUCAUCCCACAAGUGAUCCAGGACUUGAGCAGUGGAUGGCUUGUUACCUGA